AUGAGCCAUGCUGCCAUACCGCAGACGCGCCUGCGACCACGUGGGGGUCAAGGUCCAAUUGGCAAUGGCGAGCGAUACCUUGCGAACACCAAGCAAGAGCUGUGUCUGAGCUGGCAUCCUCAUCGCUUUGUCCGUGUGUUCCAUCCAUCGCUACCGGCCAAAGCUGCAUGUCUCUCUCUCCGUCUGACCCCCCGUCCGUCCAUCCAUCCCCCGAUCUCCGUCAUCACAAGGUAUCUUCGUACCCCCCUCCACCCCCGAUCUACUUUUAGCCUCUUUCUGCCGGGCUCAAGUUUCGUUAUUGUUUUUUUAUUUUCCUCACAUCAGGUCGCCCUCUCUCCCAUCUCUGAUACCCACAUCCUCUGCCCUUCCGCCCUGCCCAGUCAGUCCAACGGAAGAUUUUUGCUCGCGCCAAACGGGACCAUUCCUUCUCGAGCUCGGGGUGUCAUUCCACGAAUAACAGUCCAUACUUCGCGGGUGAGGCGGCCCAGCCCGGACAAGCACAGCUUCCUGCUCUUCUGCCACCCGGAAUCUACCCACUCACUUGGGUCAUCUACCGAUCGACAAUCCUCAACCCCUUCGGUCCCUCUUAAGCCCUUGAGCCUUUUCUUCCUCUUCCUACCUCUCUUAUUCUUACUUCUCUUCCCCUACCUUCACCUUCCUGAUUCUUCCCAGGAUCAUCAACCUGUGAACCCCUCCCCCUCCUAA